CGGCUGAAUAACUGGCUGGCAGGCGGCGUGAGCGAGCGCAGCCAAGUGACCUCCCCCCCCGACGGCAGCCUGCUCAAGAUGGCCGCCUGAGUGGCGAAUUCACACAUCUCCAGCACAAACUCCCCCGACGGUGCCAACUGUACCCGUCCCCUCGGAGGAUGAGACGACCACUUCUGCCGGCACUUUGAAAACCGAAUAUGAGCCGAGCCCCGUCGAAGGCCACGUCGGACCUGUGGAAUAAGACGCCGCCGGGCAAGGAAUUCCGAAACGAACCGGGGCCAACCCACCGCGAGCUAGCUGCCGUUAGCUCGCGUUCAGUAGCCGCUAACGGGCUAGCUGUAGCCACACCUGCUGCAGGAGUUGAAGGGGAGUAAGGGCUCUUUUGUUUUAGCCCCAGCAUGGACAGCUUCUUCAAGGCAGCUGUAUGUGAUCUAGACAAACUGCUUGAUGACUUUGAGCUCAAUACUGAGGAACUCGAUUGCAAAUCUGUGUUCCUGAAGCCCUCUGCGUACCCCUUCUCCUCACUGGGCUCUCAGUCUUUAUCCUCAGAGGCAUCCACUGUCCCUCCAAGCCUCCCUGACCUUAAUUCUCUUCAUUAUGGUUCUGCCGCCAGCUGUCCUGACCCCCCCAGCAGCCACAACUGCAGCACAGAUGACAGGGAUGUCAAAAGUCAGCCUAUUACUGGGGUGGACCUUCUCUCCUCUGUGGAUCAUAGGCCAGCUAAAAGCUCUGCCCCUCCCUGCCCUGAUCGAGCUCUGAAGCCAGUGUGUGACCUUGUGAAUGACACAAGCUCGGCCAUCCUGGUGAGGGCCAGCAGCCACGAUGCUUUCAGCGAACUGGACAUGGUGGAAAAGCAAAUGGAGGAGGGGGAGGAGGAGGAGGAGGAGGAAGCACUACUUGUUGACUUUGACACCCCCGUGCUCAUGGAGGAACGAGGGACGCUAAGCCAGAGCAUUGGCUAUGGAGACACGAAGCAAGAGCAAGCCUCUGCUGGUAGAGAUGAACUGCUGAGUCUUGAUUUCCAUGAGCACAGUGGUGCCUACUUCUCGCUCAGUCUGCUGGAUGUCAUUCUUCCUGCAGCAGUGGAGAGGGGCUUUGAGUCUACAGAUGAUUCACCAUUACAGAGGACCAUUGAGUCAGCUGACAGAGAGGAGAGGGACUGGGAGGAGGCGGCUUUUUCUAUAAACCAUGUGGUGGAUAACUGUUCAGGCCACUGUGAACCAGAAGAAACCCCGCCUGCUGCAGGCGACAAAGAAACAACAGCAGCAACCUUGGUGAAUAAACAGGAUGAGUCGCAAGAAGCCUCAGAUAAAGGUGAGGCAGAGUCUUCUGUAGGUCUAAAGUCUGGGGCCUCAGGUAGAGAACCGGUGGGUUUAUCAUGCUUGCCCAUUGCAGUGUCCAUAUGUGGAGCUCUUGUGCAACCAAAGACCACAGAAGAAGAGUCAGGACAAUUGACAGAGCAGUGUGAAGAGCCAGACGUGUCUGAGAGCACAGAGGCAAACUCCCUGUCAGCACUGGAGGCCGGGGACGCUAGGUCCUGUUCAAAGGACCCUGUUUACCCAUCCCCACAGAUAGCAGAGGGGAGGCUGUCACCAGAGGGGCAGCAUGUCUCUGUUGAACCAGCUGCUUCUGCCGCUGCUGCCCCUUUCACAGACCAUACCCCCUCUGAGCGCUCAGAACCCAGUCCUGUGGAUCCUCCGGGGUAUGGCUUUGAGUAUCUGCCUGAGAGUGACCAGCCUGAGCUGUUGGUUACUGACGAAGAGCUGGAUGCAUUCCUGCAGGCACACACAGAAGCAGAGCAGGCCAGAAGCAUCUCUUAUUGCAGCAGUAGUGGAGAUUGUACUCAAUAUGUAAGUCUGCUAGAACCAAAUGGUGAUCUUAAGGACAGGCUUCCGGAAGAGGAACUGAGAAGCUGUGGUCGAGCUCGACAGGAGGAACUGGAGGGUCUGGCUUCCCCAGAAAGUGACGGAACAAUGUGUGUGUAUGUGGAGGGAAGUUGUAACCCUGGUGCUCCAUCACAAUCGCAGGACUCUUGCAGACCUUGUCAAGAAGAGCCAGAACUUUCCUCUGGUGCAAGACCUUCUUUGACCAGCAACACUUUCCAGUCCCAUCAUAGUAGUAGUCCUGAUCAGCAGCCCUCCUAUGGAGGCGCAAGACCUAAACAGCUACACUGCCAAACUGCAAGACCUCCACCAUCAGGGGAAGAAGAAGGGGAGCAGCCUUCAACACUUUCAAAAUGGCCAAAUGCAGCGGAGGAUGAAGACAGUUCACCCAUAAGCCCUAGUCCUACAGAAGAGAAUUCCAACAUAAGGGGUUCGAGCCCUAUAUAUGCCAUGCAGCAGAAUAAUGAUUACAGUGUGGGUUAUGAUGAACUCUCAGAGCCUCCACCCUACCCUGGGGAGCCCCCCGCAGAGGGUGCCAGGACGGUGAAUUGGAACAUAGAGGGAGUUGAGGAGCUGGGGAGCAGGCAGCCUGCUUGGGUGCCAGACUCUGAAGCCCCCAACUGUAUGAACUGCUACCAGAGGUUCACUUUCACCAAGAGGCGACAUCACUGUCGAGCAUGUGGGAAGGUUUACUGUGCUGUGUGCUGCAACAGGAAGUGUAAGCUGAAGUACCUGGAGAGAGAGGCUCGUGUGUGCGUCAUCUGCUUCGAUACCAUACACAGAGCCCAGGCCCUGGAGCGGAUGAUGAGUCCUACGGGUCCCAGCCCAAACCCCAACAUCCCAUCUGAGUACUGCAGCACCAUCCCCCCUUUGCAGCAGGCUCGUGCCGCUGGCACUCUAAACUCGCCUCCACCCACCGUCAUGGUGCCUGUGUCCGUUCUCAAACACCCUAACAACGACAGUUGUCCUCGAGAGCAGAAGCGUGUGUGGUUUGCAGAUGGCAUCUUGCCCAACGGAGAGGUGGCUGACACAAGCAUGCUGUCGGUGACGAGCCGCAGGAGCUCCCAGGAGUUUGGCAGUGUCACCCCAGACCAAACAACAACUGGGCCAGCAGGGUCAGAGGUUGGAGUCGGUGGCUCCACUUCCGAAGCUUCUGUCGCUGUAGAAGUGGUUCGACCUCCGAUGUCUGGACCCUGGGAUUAUGCCCUGCUUACUGCAAUCAGUUCUUCAGUUAGGAGGGUUCCCAGUCUACUGCCAGACAACGAGGAAGAGCUCCCUCCACUGCUCUUCACCACCGGCGAGGAUGAAGGAGGAGAUGUUUUGGUUGAGGAAAGUCCUGCCCCAUGCCAGAUUCUACACUUAUUAGAGGAAGGAGGACCCCGACCUCUGACAUUUGUCCUGAACGCCAACAUGCUUAUCAACGUCAAAUUGGUAACAUACUCCAGUCGUCAGUGCUGGUGUUUUGGUUCUAAUGGUCUGCAGGCUCUGGGACAGAAAGAGUUGGUGUUUUUGUUGGAGUGUUUGCCAGAGGAAAAAACUCUUCCAAAAGACCUCUUCACACUGUAUCUCACUAUUUACCAAGAUGCCCAGAAAGGAAGGUUUGUGGAGGAACUUGACAACAUCACAUUCACAAGCAGUUUCCUGGGCAGUAAGGAUCACGCUGGGAUCCUCUUCUUCUCUCACACCUGUCAGCCUCUAGAUGACCUCACUCUCCCCCCUCAGCCUUUCCUGUUUGGCCUGCUCAUCCAAAAACUGGAGGUGCCCUGGGCCAAAGUCUUUCCACUCAGGCUGCUCCUGCGGCUUGGAGCUAAAUACAGUGUGUAUCCCACGACAUUGACUAGUGCUCGUUUUCGGGACUCUGUGUAUCGAGAGACAGGACACACCAUUAUGAAUUUACUGGCUGACCUGAGGAACUACCAGUACAGCCUAUCAGUGGUGGAGGGCCUGAGGAUCCACAUGGAGAUGGGCCACAGUUACAUCAACAUUCCCAAAAGUAGCUUCAAUGAGAUGCAGAAGGUGGUAAAUGCAUCUAACGAGCACGUCAUCAGUAUUGGAGCAAGUUUCAGCUCGGAGGCCGACUCUCACCUGGUGUGUAUCCAGAACGAGGAGGGGAACUAUCAGACCCAGGCUAACAGCAUGCCCGGGAAGACCCGCACAGUGACUGGGGCCAGUUUUGUGGUGUUUAAUGGAGCACUGAAAGCCUCCUCAGGCUUCAUCGCAAAGUCCAGCAUUGUUGAAGAUGGUUUGAUGGUUCAAAUCCCUCCAGAGACCAUGGAGUCUCUGCGCUCUGCCCUGAGGGAGCAGACAGAUUUUCACAUACCCUGCGGCAGGAAUGAUGGUGGGGAGCUCCGAGAGAACGUCACUGUCCGCUGGGUUGACUGGAGUUCACCUGUCAACACAGGCAAAAAAAGUGGUGUUGAUGGGAGACCUCUGGAUGGCGUCCGCAGUGUGAGGACGCAGCAGGACACAGAAUUCAAGUUGGAUGGUCGCACCAUCAGAUGCACUGAGGUUUUCUACCAGCUGAAGAGUCCUGACUGUAGCCUUUCGUCAGUGCUGUCGUCGUGCAGCGUCUUUCAGAAGGAGAUGGCUUUGGCCACCUGCAGCGCUCUGACUCCUCACCUGGCUGUUCUCACCUCCAGUGGCAUCAACUCCGUCUCACUUCGCAUCUCCACGCAGGCUGACAUGGUGGAGUACCAGGCUGGCUCUGGAGGCAGGCUCCUCCCUCAGCGCUACAUGAAUGAGCUGGACAGCGCUCUGAUUCCUGUCAUACAUGGAGGUAGCGCUAGUGUACCACAGACAGCCAUGGAUAUGGAGUUCAUCUUCUACAUCUCACACGCCAUCUAAGCACAAUCAGACAGUGUCCCAAAGUGAUACAAAGUAUCAAGUACAGGAGGAGAGGCUGUUGACUGUGGCAGGAGAUGCUAAAGUAGCCGCUAACUUCGACUUGCAGCCAGUCACAGAGGACAUGUAGCAGCUGGCACAACAUUCCCGCUCUGAGGUUGGGGAUGUAAACUGAUAUAAUACUGUCCAUCGGCUAAGGAACCGUUGUUUGUGCGUUUUCGUGCUCACCAAAGCUGCUUUAAUACAAGAAGCCAAACACUAAACAAGGGAUGCGACAACCACCACCAUAUAAACCAAAUACACCAAACUUUUCAAACCGUUUUCCUCGGAUCUGCCUUCCAGGCUUCCUGCUGGCCUCUGUCAGCUCAGAGCACCUCAGUGAAUGUUUCCCCCAGACACACUAUCGAAAUGUCUCAUUUAUUAUAUUUUAUUAUGGGUGUAUUGAAUGAAAUGAUGAUAUUAAAGAGAAGAACAUUGCUGACUGCAGUACAGUAUCAGGUGCUUCUGUACAGUCACUUCCCAUUCGUAGCUGGCCCCGUUCUUUAAAGAAAAAAAAAAAAGUUCACCAAGCUCCUCUGUUGUCAUUUCACAUGCUGGUUUAU